GUCAUGAUAUAUAUAUAUAGCCUUGCCCGCGGUUCUUACCUUCACUGUACAUGUUAAUUAAUUCUUUCAUCUUUGAGAUUUCAAUAGAGGCAAAUUACCUCAGAAAGAAGAAACUUAAAGAUGAACUAUAUCUUGCAAUUUGUCCAUCUUCACUAGUUUUGAUGUCGCAAUAUGUCUACAAAAAUGAAGCCUACCACUAAAAAUUUUAAUGUUCUCCCUAUUUUCUUGGGGUCAUUAUUCUGUCUCUUUUUGGCAGGUUUGGAUGCUGAAAGUGACGUCUAUUGCUUGCAAACCAUCAAGAAAUUGGAUCAGUUUAAUCACUUAUCUAGCUGGGAUUUCAAGAGCAACACUGAAGGUGACAUGUGUAGAUUUAGCGGUGUUGAAUGCUGGAAUAACGUGAAAGUAAUCGGUCUCAGUCUUUCUAACAAGGGGCUGAAGGGCCAGUUUCCUAGUUGCGUUGAAAAUUUCGCAUGGUUGCAGACUCUGAACCUCUCACACAACGAGCUUUCUGGAUAUAUCCUUUCUGAUAUCUCAACUAGUCAGUUGACAUAUCUGACCUCACUCGAUCUCUCAAAUAACAAUUUCUAUGGUGAAAUUCCAAAGGGUAUUGCCGAUUUGUCAGGCUUAAUUACCCUAAGACUUGAUAGCAACCAGUUAAGUGGCCAAAUCCCACAAGAACUUGGGUUGCUUUCCCAGCUUAUAGAUUUUAGUGUUGCUAACAACUUGUUAGAAGGGCCAGUGCCUGUUUUUGUCAGCAAUGUUAAUGUGAGUUUGAGCUAUGCAAAUAAUAGUGGACUCUGUGGGGGAGCACUAGGAAGCUGUGACGAAAGCUUGUUUGGUAGAACGUUUUGGUAUAGUUUUAUUAUUGGUUUUGUUUCUUCAGCAACUUCUGUCCUAGUAUCUUUCAUGGUCUACUAUGCCCCUUGGACAGAAUUCAAAAAGAGGAGGAGUAACGCUAUUCAUCCCUUAAUGAAGAAGCAGAACCAUCAAAAGAACACUAGACAAGAAGCUGAAUUGCUACCACUAGCCAUGCAAGAGCAAGGAAGCAAAGAGAUUGUGACAUUUCAUCUACAGCUAUCAAGAUUGUUGGAGAGAUUGAUUCCUAGAAUGAGCUUCAAGGAAUUAUGCAAGGCAACCGAUUACUUUAGCACAGAUAACGUUUUAGGGAUAGGAACGACAGGGAUUAUGUACAAGGCAAAGGUACCAAAUAACUGUUUUCUAGCAGUUAAGAGACUAUAUGGCGCUGAUGAAUACAAGAGGGAAUUCUUACUUGAAACAAUGAUUCCGGGGAGACACAGGCACAGAAACAUAGCUCCAUUGGUAGGAUUCUGCAUAGAAAAAAGAGAAAGGAUUUUGGUGUAUAAGUACAUGUCUAAUGGAAGACUCAGUGAUUGGUUCCAUUCUGAUGAAGGAGAUCAAAAAAUAAAACUAGAAUGGCCAGAGAGAAUUCACAUUGCACUUGGGAUUGCAAGAGGUUUAUCUUGGCUCCACAAAAGGUGCAAGAUAUUCCAUCUUAAUUUAGAUUCAGAGUGUGUCUUGCUAGACAGGUAUUUUGAGCCAAAAAUAUCCAAUUUUGAGAAGGCAAAAUUUCUAAACCAGACAGUUGAAGAUCAUGUGAGGAUGAAAUUGUUUUUGAUUGAUGGACAUGGGGUGAAGGGUUCUGUUGAGAAGGAUGUCUAUGACUUUGGAAUAAUCCUUUUUGAACUUAUAACAGGGAAAAGAUUAAGUUCAACGACUGAUUCUUCUGACAGUGUAAAUGGUCAGUUGAUGAACUAUAUCAGCAAUAACUUGUUCACUGAUCCUGCAGAUUUUUAUGAUACCAUUGACGAAUCUAUCAUAGGGAAGGGUUUUGACGAUAAAAUCCUUGGUCUCCUCAAAGUUGCAUGUGACUGUGUUAAAGGUUCUUUAAAGCAAAGGCCAAAGAUGGUUGAUAUGCACAAAACUAUAAGAGCCAUGUGGGAAGGCUAUAAACCCUGGUUUGAUUCUGAAAGGCUGGAACUCUCUCUGGGUUGUUCUGACCAUAUAACAUGCAUCAGCGAAAUAGAAUGUAUUUGUUGAAACGUAAGACCUGUUUUGUAUGUGUGUAGUGUAGGUUCCGACAAUGAAUGUCUGUUUAUUUAUAUACAACACUGUCAAGUUAAAGCUUUGUAAUUUUAUGAUUCAAAUUGAGCAAAAUAAGGAAUCAUUUAACGAGGACGAGGACUUCUAAUAAUAAUAUAUUAGACUUUGUUUUUGAAGUUAUUGCCCAACUAAAACAGUUUAUCCUACUAUUUUGAAAUUAAAACAUAUUAAUAUGGGUAGACUUUGUUUCCUCGUCAUAUCUAAUAA